AUGCGCUCUUUAUUACUCAAGCCACUCAACCAACAUUUCUACUCCCGCUUUCAUUCCUCUCACCGUCAUCAAUACUCCUCCUACUACUGUUGCAACUCCCCCUCACGUUUCCCUCAUUCGUUAUUUAACUUCCACCCACCUAUCUUCUCUGCCUCCUCUUCUCCUUCUCCAGCGCCAAGAUUUGGGUUGUCUUCGAAUCGUCAUUUUGGCUCUGGGUUAGCUGAGCCAGGACAGUCUAGUACGUUAAUGGAGGUGGUGAAAUCAGUUUACGCUCAAGGCGGUGAGAGGAUAGCCAUCAGAGCUGAUCAGAAGAGUUACAGUUAUGCUCAGCUAGUCUCCUCUGCGCGGGAGAUUUCAAUUCUCUUGUCUGCCGCUGGCUUGAAGCCCGUUGAUGGUGUUAGAGGUAAUGGUCCUCUUUGUGGUGCACGCAUAGGGAUUGUGGCUAAACCUUGUUUCGAGUUUGUUGCUGGAGUGUUGGCGACUUGGUUUAGUGGAGGUGUUGCAGUUCCGCUUGCAGUAAGCUAUCCAGAGAGCGAGCUCUUGCAUGUCAUGAAUGAUUCUGAGAUAUCAAUGGUAUUGAGCACUGAGGAUCAUCGUGAAGCCAUGGAAAAGGUUGCUUCCAAGUGUGCUGCUAAAUUCUCUCUGCUCCCGACUGCGUCCAACAUUUCUUCUCAGACAAGCGCUUAUGAUCAGAAAAAUGUUGGACAAAUGGACGCUCUAGAAGGUGAUGAUCCAGCGCUGAUUAUCUACACAAGUGGCACAACUGGUAAACCCAAAGGGGCUCUUCACACGCAUAAUAGUGUGAAUUCACAAGUCGAGUUUAUGCCAAAAUUUAGUGUGAAAGGAGCCUGGCAAAGGUGGAGAGAGUCUUAUCCUCAAAAUGGAGAGAAGGCAGAUGAUGCCAUUACAGUCUUUUCAGGAGUUCCCACCAUGUACACUUGGCUAAUUCAAGGUUAUGAAGCAUUGGACCCAGAUCUGAAAACUGCGUCGGCCUAUGCUGCAAGGCAGUUGCGGUUAAUGAUGUGCGGUUCCUCUGCACUCCCUGUUCCUAUCUUGCAACAGUGGGAAACAAUCACUGGACACCGCCUCUUAGAACGCUAUGGCAUGACAGAAUUUGUCAUGGCAAUAUCAAAUCCCUUGAAGGGCACACGGAAAGCUGGCACUGUGGGUAAACCACUUCCUAGAGUGGAGGUAAAAAUUGUGCAAGACGAAAGUGAUCAUGAGAAUACCGGGGUGGGUGAGAUUUGCGUUAAAAGCCCCUCCCUGUUCAAGGAAUACUGGAAGCUUCCUCAUGUAACUAAGGAAUCUUUCACUGAUGAUGGGUUCUUCAAAACUGGAGAUGCUGGAAAAAUAGAUGCAGAUGGAUACUACGUCAUAUUGGGACGUACAAGUGCUGAUAUUAUGAAGGUUGGAGGUUUUAAGUUGUCUGCGUUGGAAAUUGAAUCUAUUCUAUUGGAGCACACAUCUGUGGCGGAAUGCUGUGUGCUGGGUUUGCCUGACAAAGACUAUGGAGAUGCUGUUUGUGCAAUCAUCGUGCUAAACGAAGAAUCCAAGAAGCAACAGGAUAAAGAAUCAAAGCCUGCGUUAAGUUUGGAAGAACUGCGGGAGUGGGCCAAAGAAAAACUUGCACCUUACAAGCUGCCUACUAAACUCUUCCUGUGGGAUUCCCUGCCUCGAAACGCAAUGGGAAAGGUGAACAAGAAGGAGCUAAAGAAAGUGCUAGCUGCUCAGUAA